GGCAGCUCCCCACUAGCAUUGUCCCAGAGCACUGCCUGAUCUGUGAGCAAGAGGAGGCAGAACAGCAGGAGAGCAAACACUGGAAGAUCUGCAGGUCAUGGACGUCCUAGCCCUGACCCUGGUUACUCUUCUGGCUCUGCUGCCCCCAGCCCAGCCCUGCUCCUCAGAGAUGAACAAGGUCAAGGACCUCCUGGAGGUGAACUGCACGGGGCAGGCUCUCACCACAGUGCCCCCAGACCUGCCUGUAGACACAGGCAUCCUGCUGCUUAGUGACAAUCGCUUGGAGUCCCUCUCCACCACUGCCUUUCUGUCCCUCACCCAGCUUCAGGACCUUGACCUGGCCAACAAUGGGCUGGUGGCUCUGUGCACAGAGGCCCUGCUGCUGUCCCUGAAGGAGCUGACCCUCUCCCACAAUGCACUGGCAGCCCUACCUGACCUGAAGGGCCUGCCUGCACUCACCCACCUGGCUGUGGCUCACAAUAGCCUGGAGACACUGGCCCCAAGGGCUUUCUGCACAGUGCCACAGCUGCAGAACCUGGACUUGCGAGGGAACAAGAUGCAGCAGCUGCCCCAGGAGGCCUUUGCAGGGCUGAAGGCACUCAAGGAGUUGGACCUCUCAGACAACCUCCUGAAGGAGCUACCCAAGGAGUUGCUACAGGACCUGCAGAAGCUGGAGACCCUCUGGCUCUCAGGGAACCAGCUACAGACCCUGCCAACUGGAUUUUUCCCAAAGGGGCACCUUUUCAUGUAUGUUUUCCUCACUGAGAAUCCCUGGCAUUGCAACUGUGACCUGCACUACCUCCAGACCUGGAUCCAGAAGAAUGCUGACAUUGUUUAUCAGCCAGAGCGGGGUCUUGAGGAAACAAAGGUGGAGGUUGCACCUGAGAAGGUACUGUGCCACAGCCCUGCUGAGCAUAGGCAGAAGCCCAUCAUUCACUUCAAGCUUAACUGCAGCAUCAUGGAGAGUGUGGAUGAGGAAGGAGGGGAUGAAUAUAAUUAUGGGGAAGAAACAAGAGAGAAAGCUACCACGACCACCUUCCCCCCACAUCCAUUUAUCCCCACAGAGCACACUACCAUGCCCUGUGCUGUUACCUCAUCUUGCCUUCCUACCCUUACUACCACAAGAUCUCCCCUCACCAGACCUUCCCUCAGCACCCCUUGUACCUCUACCCUUUCCCCAAACACUUUGCUUGUUGUGCUGACAAGCAUCAGAGCUCCCAGGCACACCGUUCCUGUACCAGCCAGUCUCACCAUGACACCCACACAGACCCCCAGCACUGCCACCAUUCUCACAGCUGCUACCACCAUCACCCUGCACAGACCUGCCACCCUUGACAAUGCCACCUCACUGCCAACAACUAUGAGCAGCAGCCCUUCUAGCACCACUGGCCAUCCACAAACCACCCUUGCUGCCAGAAGUAUAUAUGGCAGUCUCAUGGGGUCCACUGGCACAUUUGCCACCACUUCCACAGCAGUGCCUUCCACUGCCAUGCUAGAGGCCUCUUCCAUUGUUGGAUCUCCAUUUCCUACUCUGAUGUCAGCCAACACCAUGCUUUCUACUCAUGCCCCAACACUACCACCUCCCCUGGACACCACACACUUCACCCAUCCUGCAUGUUCCCCCCUACCUGCUCCUCCUCCCCUCUGCCCAUGCUCCAUCCCAGGACGGGCUGUACCUGUGCUGCGUUUGGAGGCAGGUGGGGAGGCUCUGCAGUGGGGGCAGUGGGUGCUGAGGCACUGCUGCCUGUUGCACUGGGUGCUCUACCUGGCUUCCUUGGCUCUACUGGUCCUGACCAUGUUGGCUCUAGCAGGUUGUCUGACAUGGAUGUGUCUGGUGGAACAACCCUCCUGGCACCAGUCCCUGCAGACCCAAGAGGUGCAGUAUCCACUGCUAGAAUGGAGGGAGUCAACAGGAAACCCUAUGAUGCAUCUCAACAGUUUCAAAAUCCCCCUCCAGCAACCUACAUUCUGUACAAUCAAGGAAGUGGAGUUGUGCCCUGAGGUUACCUACUGCACAAUUAAAGAUCUGGGGAUACAGCGCAGUCCGCCUGCAAGUUACUCCUUCUGCACCACAAAGGAGUUGUGGGUUCACCACGGUCCUCUGCACACAUCAGUCAAGCCUUUCUCCAGGAAGCUGAUGGUCACAGACCUUAGCUUCCUGAGGACCCCAUCUGCUUACAGCCUAGACAGGGGUGUUGAGGCCAUUGGUGAUGUCAGAGUGAAAUAUGCAGGUAACACCAUGUAAAUAUGUUACAGACACAUGCACACUCAGAGAAAGAGAUUGAGAGUCUUUGCUUUAUAGACUGAGAGGCUCUGCUUUAUAUGCCUUUGUUUUACAAGGGAAAGAUCUACUUGCCUAGGAGGAAGCCAUCUAGCUCAUUCCUCUAGUAUUCUCAAACAGCCUGAGGUUUCCAGAGCUUGGGUAUUUGGCAGAGGAAGAUAUUGUCCUAAACUGGUCAGUGAUAUUCUGGGGCUGCCACUGCCUGGUUUUGGGGUGAGUGAAGGCAAGAAGAACUUAUGUUGUGCUCUGUCGCAACUGCUUCUGCUCAAAUUAUGCACACAAAGAUGCAGUACACUUUCCACUCAGUGCCAGUUU